AUGAUGAUGAUGAUGAUGAUAAUAACAAUUCAGGAUCAAGUGGUGGCCGCCCGAUGCCACCACAAGCACAUAAUAAAAAUGGAUGUUCAGAACACCCGCUGUAGACUCUGUAAAAAAGAGCAGGAAACAAUACUGUACCUGAUCUCAGCCUGUACUCAAUCGCGCCCCACCGCAAAGGAAAACUCCAUCGUUUCCCGAAUAAUACGACAAUAUUGUGUUGAACACGCAUCUCGUGUGAACCACUUGGCGCUCACCCACAUGCAACCGGAAAAUAUUUUCGAGUUACUCGGCCGAUCUCUUUUCUCGUGGCUUGACUUGAAAAACUUGGCGGGACCUUUAACGACGCACAUCUUCAAUAUUCCUCAAGUGAGAUCACGGCUCGAGAAGUUAAUGGGUACUAACUAUGUCAAUCUGACGGACCGUGUAUAUAUGCAGCGGCUUCAGCAGCGUAUCCUUGAAGACUACGAGGACUCGAUGGACAAACGGAUAAAAGUCAGAGAGGAAGAAGAAAUGGAAAGAGUGAAAAAUCUGGUGUUAAUUGGGAAAAUUCCACUGGAUCAAGCACCGCCUGAAAUGGCUCGCCACCCCAUAAUGCUUAUUGAAAACUAUUGCAACAGACUGAUUGCGGAACGGAGAGCCAAGAUAAAAAUGUAUAAAAUUAAAAUUCCGAAGUAUCUCUAUUGGGACGAUACUCCGGAUCCACCGACCGGGUUGUCGAUAGAAAUGGGCCACGUUUUCGGUCAAGAUGGUGAUAAAUUAUGCCAGCCGGUAGAAAAACAUAUAGAAAGCAGCGAAGAAGAGGAUCUUCAGUUAGGUUAUAUGAUGGCGAUGGAGGAGUUUGACAAAGCGAAGUACGAGAACAACCUGGUGAAAAAACUUCUCUCCUGUGAGACGGUGGAAGAAAUGUAUGCUCUCGCAGACGACAUCAUCGGCAUUCUCAAAAGUUUAGACGAAAACAACAAAAUGCCGGACGACAUUUCCGACUCAUUUAGUGGAUCAUAAGCCAAAUAAUAUUAGCAAUUUUUCCACAGCAUAAAAAUGUAUUUAUCUAAUUAAGCAAUAAAAACAUGUAUU